UAUGGGAGGUCUAAAUUUAUAUCUAGAAAGAAACAUACAAAAGUAGCAUUUACAGAUUAAGAACUUGAAAUCCUUGAAGUAUAUUUUUGAAUUAUUGAAAUGUCAUGAUUCUAUGUGAGUAAAAAUCCUAAUCACAUAGAAAAGGAUUACUGACAUAGAAAUCAAUGCUUACAGAAUUCCCUGAGAAUCCAGACUUUUCUGUUAAAUUAUAUAAUUGAAUGAGAGAAAGAUGAAAGAAUUAAUAAAUCGAUUAUACUAAUUUUGUCAUCACAUAUAACAUUAUAAUUUAUAUGUUAAGUGGAAUUCUUAUUAAAAGAAUAAUAAGAAUAUUAUCUAAGCGAUUACAAGUUUAGAAUACUUGAAAAAUUUGAGUUAUUUACUUUAAUUAGUUAAGGGUGUUUUGAUAAUAAAAAGAAUCAAUAAAUAGGUAUUAAACUAUUAUAUAUUCUAGAUUUUAAGUAAGUUACUUAUAAGGAAGUCUUGUAUUCAAGAAUUAUUGAAUAUGUAUUAUUAUAAUCAAGACAUAAAAAACAGCUAAAGAAAUAUUUAGCAGCAAGAAGUGUUGCUAUUUCUAUAUUUUAAUAAAAGUCAGCUAUUCCAUUCAACUAAUUUAUAGGUUUAGUAAAAUAGUAAUUGAUUUAUGCAAAUAAAAUGUGUAAGAAAUAUUUUACUAAGAAAUUCAAUAAUCCUUAUUUAAAUUUUGCAAUUCCGAAAUUAACUUCAUCUAGUUUUAUAUUAAAUGAUUAAGUACUUGCUUUAUUGAAAAAGAGUUUUUCUGAUUUUAAUGGGACAGUUAAAUAGAUUUAAAAUUCCCAUCCUCAAUUACUGAAAUCAUUAUAGUCUCAUAAUAACCUUUACUAUUUUUGUUUAAGAAUAGAGAAGAUGAAACAUAAAAUGAUACAUUUUAAUAAUAAAUAUUUGGAGCAUAUAUUAGUAUUGAUGAAACUAUUUAAACUCAUUUUAUGAGGAAAAGAUAGAAAGAUCCUAUGUGUAAUUAUUUUUUUAUAUAAAUAGGAAUCUUAUACAAUCCAAAGAUUAAAUAUCUCUUUAUUUUGGAGAUGAAAAAAGUUUUCUAUUCUCUUUGUUACCAAAAUAUCAAUUAUUUAUGAGUGCAUUUGAUAUCCAAUCUAAACAAUGUUUGCUUACAUAAAUAAUAGAGCAUUCAAUCUUUAAUUAGAUUAACCUUAUGGACUUGGAUUUGGGGGAGAUGGCAAAGGUAAUUUUAGGAUUUAGAUUGAUGAAAAAUUAAAGGAAAUGCAACAAAUAGAAUAAAUUAUUAAUGUAAUUAAACAUAUGAAAUGGGAUAUUUAUUAGAACCUCAUGUAGAAUUUCUUAAUGUAAUUAAAUUAUUCUAUCUAUAGUUAACAGCGAUUUAAAUUUAGAGGAGUUAAUUAUGAAAAAAAACAAAAGAAACAAUGAGUUAAGCUUUUCUUUAAUUCUUAAAAGUAUUCUAAUAACAUAGUAAUUUAAUGAAUCCAAUUAAAUUUAAUAGAAUAUUUUUAUCAUUCUCUUAUUCAAAUACUUAAUUUUAUUUAAGAAUCUAAUAUUUUUUAUUUAAUAUUUUGAUCAAAAAAAUGUAUUAAAGCAAUAUAGAAGAAUAUCAAAAAUUGCCUCCAUAGNGUCAGCUAUUCCAUUCAACUAAUUUAUAGGUUUAGUAAAAUAGUAAUUGAUUUAUGCAAAUAAAAUGUGUAAGAAAUAUUUUACUAAGAAAUUCAAUAAUCCUUAUUUAAAUUUUGCAAUUCCGAAAUUAACUUCAUCUAGUUUUAUAUUAAAUGAUUAAGUACUUGCUUUAUUGAAAAAGAGUUUUUCUGAUUUUAAUGGGACAGUUAAAUAGAUUUAAAAUUCCCAUCCUCAAUUACUGAAAUCAUUAUAGUCUCAUAAUAACCUUUACUAUUUUUGUUUAAGAAUAGAGAAGAUGAAACAUAAAAUGAUACAUUUUAAUAAUAAAUAUUUGGAGCAUAUAUUAGUAUUGAUGAAACUAUUUAAACUCAUUUUAUGAGGAAAAGAUAGAAAGAUCCUAUGUGUAAUUAUUUUUUUAUAUAAAUAGGAAUCUUAUACAAUCCAAAGAUUAAAUAUCUCUUUAUUUUGGAGAUGAAAAAAGUUUUCUAUUCUCUUUGUUACCAAAAUAUCAAUUAUUUAUGAGUGCAUUUGAUAUCCAAUCUAAACAAUGUUUGCUUACAUAAAUAAUAGAGCAUUCAAUCUUUAAUUAGAUUAACCUUAUGGACUUGGAUUUGGGGGAGAUGGCAAAGGUAAUUUUAGGAUUUAGAUUGAUGAAAAAUUAAAGGAAAUGCAACAAAUAGAAUAAAUUAUUAAUGUAAUUAAACAUAUGAAAUGGGAUAUUUAUUAGAACCUCAUGUAGAAUUUCUUAAUGUAAUUAAAUUAUUCUAUCUAUAGUUAACAGCGAUUUAAAUUUAGAGGAGUUAAUUAUGAAAAAAAACAAAAGAAACAAUGA